AUGGUUCGGCUGAUGGGAAUGCUUUCAAUAUUCUUAUCUCCUCAAGAUGAGGUGAAUCUCUCGAUUGGAUAUCUUGUCUCUUUUGGCCCUUCACUCAGAUUAUCUCUGGAUAACAGUCGCUCUCAUUUGGUCCUUCAAAUAAUUUUCUUCUCCCUUAGUAGCUUUGUCUGCAGUUCUAUUUUUCCUUUCGUUUUUGUCCAAUUCUGUUCGGGGAAAAUAUGGUUACUGUUACAACUACCGCCAUCUUGUUCCUUGUCUUCAUUGCCACCACAUAGCUACAUCCGAAUGGUAUGUAAUACCCUAGUACUAACACUCGCACUGCAAUUAUUCUUUCCAAGAAUCUCGGCGUUUGUAGUUUAUAACCAGAAGAUUUGCGGUUCAGAAAUGCUAGAGAGGUGCUUGCUUCUUCACAUGAACCAACAACAAUCCGUCAAGGCAUUGGCACAGUAUGCGAGCAUUCAGCCGUGCGUUACAAUCACAGUGUGGAGAGAGCUCGAGAAGGAGAACAAGGACUUCUUUGAAGCAUAUGUCCAUGCUGUCUCUCCCUACAGCUACAGGUCUUUCGUGGGUAAGUGUUAAAGCAUGUGCCCUACAAUCCCAACCUAAACUAUCAUGUAGAGUACAUGUAUCCAUGAAAGGAUCUACAUAAUUUAUGAAGUUGUUAUUACUUGAUGAAUUACGUUGAUAUUUGUCCCUUCUCCGGUGAUGUAAAAUUAAAACUAAACGAGUAUUGGAAUUCGAAUGUAAAA